AUGGAAAAGGCAUCAACAAUACGUUCUUUAGAGAUCACCAUUAUCUCUGCGGAGGGCUUAAGUCUCGACGGACGAUCGGUGAAGAAGAAUGCAUUCGUGAUCGUAAGAACUGAUUCACUCAACCAAGUGGCAACAAGUAUUGACAGCGAAGGAGGGAGUUACCCAUCAUGGAAUCAGAAGCUAAAGCCGAUAUCUUUGCCCAAUUCGGUUCUCUUCAUUACUGUAGAGGUGCAAUGCAAGACCUCUUUAGGAAUGAGGAGUGUGGGAACGGCCAAAAUUUCGGUCUCAGAAUUCAUAGGGGAUUAUACGCCGCCACAAUACUUGCACUUCCUUAGUUACCGGUUGAGGGAUCGCAAGGGCGAACGCAACGGUAUUAUUAACUUCUCUGUUAAGACGGCCGGACCACCCGGACAAAAGUGCUUUGGUCUGACGGCGCCACCAUCGUUAGGUAUGGUGGCUGCUCAUGAGAAUCACAGCAAGAACGGUAGUACUAGUGGAAGUGAAACAGCACUUGGGGUUCCAAUCCCUUACGCUUACGGGUACGGGCUUGGAUAUGGGGUUGGGGUGUAA